GUUGCCUAUUGCGCCGGUAGGCAUCUUCCCGGUGGGGCCUGAUGGUCGGCCCAGCCCGUUCUGGCGCAGGCGAGUGUUUAUAGUGGCGCCAUCUUGCAUUGGCUCAUACUGCCCCCCGGAACUCGUUCUUGACUCGCUUGGACGGCUUCCUCUAGAGUCCGGGUUGAUGGGUGGUCUUCAGGACAGCAUGUGGGUAGUUUUAAGCCACUCGGCGGUGACCGAAAAAUCCGAGUGGUAGCGUGGGGAUUCGAACCCGCGUCGUCCAUCACGCGGUGAAUGUGGGCCCAGUACGCUACCACUUCGGCCACCGCCUCAUGGUGGGUGACCCCGGCGCCGGGGUGAGCCCCGCGAAGGUGACGCUCACUCUCCAGCUUCGGGGAGGGUGCUGGCGAACCACCUCACGGAAGGUGGCUGUCUUCUCCUUCCAGGAGGCGUCUGGCCACGCCUCAGCCCAAGCCCUGCUGGACCUGGAGUACCUCUUCAGGUGCAGCAGCAAGCCAGGUGCCGGGGUCAUGCAGGUCAAAAUCUGUGUGGCGCUGCGCUGCGGCGGGAAACGCGUGGCACGCGCUGACCUGGGAGAGUUUCUCGGCCAGCUGACGCGAGGUGGCCGCCUUGACUCUUUCCUCCUGUACAUACACGAAGAAAAAGUCGCCCUCCUGCAGGCAAAUCAGCCAAUCCCGUACCCAGCUACGGAAUGGCUUUUUGAAGGAGAGCCACGGGGCACACACACAAACACAUCCAUUAAGGCUGAGGCUGAUGAAGAAACUUAUGAUAUCGACGAAUUAGAAGACAAAUACAAAGAAGGGAAAGCAUAUCUCGAAGAGGUAUUCUCCGUUGAAGAUGAAGAUGAAGUUGAAGAAGUGGAGGACAGCAGUGAUGACAAGUACAAGGAAUGGAAGGCUUAUCUCGAAGAGGUAUUCUCCGUUGAAGAUGAUGCCCAUCAAGCUGUAAACGAGGCGACCCCCGAGCUGCGGGAAGUCUCUGGUAAUGAUAUAGAAAACUUGAAAGACUAUAAUGAUGACAGCAACAAGGAAUGGCAGACUUAUCCCGAAAAGGAAUUUUCAGUUAAAGAUGGAGAAAAUGAAGCUGCAGACGAGGCGACCUCCGAGUUGCGGGAAGCCUCUGAUGAAGGAAAUGAAGCAGCAUACGAGGCGACGUCCGAGGUGAAGAAAGCCGCUCAAAACGGUACAAUGACCACAGACGAGGAGGUCCCCCAUCAAGGCGAAUCCUCUGCACCAGCGACCGUCUCUGUCACGCCCUCCACUGUUGCCUACGCUUACCGCAGCCUGGCUGUGGCUCAUAGAUUCAUCGACCGCCUUGCAGGCCCCGAGGACCGCCACCUCGAGGAUCUGCGGCGGAGCUAUGGGGUCGAAAUUACGCGGAUUAAGCGAACCCUGCAUGUUAAGGGCCACAGAGACGCAGUGCUGCAGUGCCACCACUCCAUGCGCGCCAAGAUCGCUGAGUGGCGGAAGUGCGAGGUCGCUGAAGCUCAUUAAGCGACUCACAGACACCUGUGACGGUCCCGUAACACUGCUCAUGACCUGAAGCUGCAGACGAGGCGACCUCCCAGUUGCGGGAAGCCUCUGAUAAAGGAAAAGGUGCUGGCGACGAGGCAACCUCAGAGUUGCGAGAAGCCUCUGGUGGCACCAUUACUAUCACAUAUCUUAUCUUUUCGUUU